CACAAGCGAACACCAGGAUCGGUUGAUCCAGAAGUCGCGAACCGAGCAAAACCAGUUCGAUAGGUGCCAGCCGUGGCGAGCAGGUCGAGCCGGCGGCUGUGACUCUGAGAGGUAUCUUCCUCCCAUCCACGAAUUCCUGUCGCGAAUCUGACUGUCGCACGCGACGUAUGAUAUCUCGUGUUUGCCGAGCGGAUGUCCCGAGAUCGGUUGAAGGGCGUUCUCCAAAGCCCGUGAAGGUCACAAGGUCACAGAUGAAACGGGGAGGCGCCGGGCGUGGGAGAUACCACUCGAUAGGCUUCGACCACGUGGCCGCAGCUGUUCACCGGGGAUUUGCGAUCGAGGGUGCGAGAUCUGAGUCUGACUGACGUCAGGUGAUCCAGGUGAUCUCGUGGAGAACGUGCCGAGAACUUAAUUCGACCAUCGCAUCAUCGAGAGGAGAUAAUGUAUCGCCGUACAGUUUGACAACUUGAAGGAGUUUUGCAGCAACGUUAAAAGCAGAAGCAGAAACAACAGCAGCGAUCUGUCGAGCGGUGUCAGUCAAGAUGUGCGACCGGCGGAAACAGGCCUGGUCCAUCGUUAUCAUCGGCAAUAUAUUGAUCUAUACUAUUGUUAUCGCCAGCCCGAUCUACGUUCCUCAAUUUCAACCGGGAAGCACGGGAAGAAAUAUCAGACACUUGCCCUGCGUGUCACGCAGGAGCGGUGAGACCGGUGUGUGCAUGUUUGCGUUUACCUGCGCGAAAGCAAAUGGCACGCAUCUUGGUACCUGCAUCGAUCGUUUCUACUUCGGUAGCUGCUGCAAGAUUGACGACGAGCCGGACAUCUUCCCGCAAGACAACAGCAUCGAUGAUGGCCUGCUGGCGCCAAGGCCAUUUGUCACGACUCACAGGCCUAUCGGGAGCAGCGGCAUACCGGAGUAUUUCACGAAGCCCAAGCCGACCGAUGAAAAGAAACCAAUCGAGGCUUCACAAAUCCCGACAACAUCUGGAUUCUUGAAUACGCAAAGCACGCAGACUUCAGCAAAUACGAUGAGAGACACGACGAAGUUCGUGACAAAGAAACCAACGAUCACAACGAUAGAAAUGACUACGCAGACUACUCGCCUCUCGACAUUCCAAACCGUGCAAAAUGCUGCCGGACCCAGCACGGAAGCCACGUUGAAGGAAACCAACAAUACUAUAAAUAUUCCAACAAAUAUAUCGCCAAGUAUAACGAGACAACCUACGAAACCCACCAUUUUAGACUCUACUCUCCGACCUAGCACCCUAAAUUUAACGAAACUGACGACUAUCACAUCGGAAACGAUCACGAAGAAACCUGUUGUCUCCACGACAGUGCAAAAACCAACGGUGCAGAACUCUCAAAAACCACUCUCUUCUACUACUCGACCGAGUGUUCAACACGAAUCGACCACGAAUACGAUAAAGAACGUUCUCACAAUUACCACGCAGAAAGUGAUGCCUUCGACCAGAUUCCCACCAAGAAAUACGACGUCGGUUAAACCACUGACUCAGACGACUAUCAGAAAGCCUAGCACCAAAAGACCUAGUACCACCGUAACAACAAAACGGCCAGUGGUGACUACAAAGAAACCCACUACGUUGACAAAGAGACCUUCAACUCCAACAAAGCCUCUCACGAAUUCCAGCUUCGGUACCACUUUACCGGCGACAACUAAGCCUCAUUCAACCUCUGGCUCAUUCAGCAAUGGAUCUUCCAGUACAAGCGUAAAUCGAGCAACGGAAAGUACUUUAGCCUCCACAGGAAUUAGACCAUCGACUGCAACGACAGCAACUACCAAUACAAUUCAAAAAAUCACCAUUGCGUCUACGAAUUCGGAUCAUAAAGGAUCUACCAAAACGACAACGCCGAAGACGACCUUAAAAACGACAACAAAACUAUCGACGAUCAGAACAACCACCGCUAGACCAUCGACAACGGCUAAAACAACAAUCAACACACCGGCCACGACUAAACCAUCAUCGUCAACUACAACGAAGCUGAAACCCACUAAGACCACUAGUACGACGACGAAGACUACUAGACCUGAAUACACUAGCACCACGACGAUCACGGAGGGAACGAAGCCAUUAUCGUCAACUGUCGGUUCAACAGUUAGCGUUACGAGACCAAGACCCAGCACGACGAAACCAACACCCUUGACGAAGCUUCCCGUGAACACGUCCAGUAUCGUGGAGGUUACCACAAGCAUCUCGAGUUUGAUAUCAACGUUUACCGUUAGAAACGAGAGCACCUCGACCCACGUACCUCCUACCAAGGGUCAGAAUGUUAAUCACACCCUCGAGGAGAUCCCGUUGACUACUUACUCGCCAGGAUUAGUAACGUGGAGUUCCAACUCUGAUGAAGUUUUUACAAAGGCGCCCAACAAAACGAUUUCGUCAACAUCAACAUCAAUGUCAAUGUCAACACCAACGUCAACGUCAACGUCAACGCCAAUGUCAACGCCAAUGUCAUCGCCAACGCCAACGCCAACGCCAACGCCAAUGUCAAUCUCAACGUUAACGUCAACAUCAACGGUAGCUACAUCGUCAGAACAAGCGGAAACUGAUUGGUCGCCGAUAACAACUCCGGAUGGCUGGAUAAUGAUCCAGUCGCCUACCACCCAAAAGUUACCGGAGACUCAAGAGUCGUCGACCGAACCGGUUACGGAAUCCCCUAUCCAGUCUUUGACUUCUUCCAAACCGAUAACAGAGAGCAGUAUCAUCCCCGACAUCAUGAAGAGACCAACGGUGACAACUUUAUUGUCAACGAUUGCCAGUGUUACAAUCGUCACGGAACUUCCGGUAUCAAUGCAGACCCUCAAUAUGUCGGACUACAAACAAGUGUGCGGACGAAGAAUGUUUCCGGAGCCCAAGAUCGUCGGCGGAGAGCGAAGUUCCUUCGGAAAAUGGCCUUGGCAGAUCUCAUUACGUCAAUGGCGAUCGCAGACGUAUCUACACAAAUGCGGCGCGGCAUUGUUGAACGAGAACUGGGCUAUUACCGCGGCGCACUGCGUCGAAAGCGUACCGCCUAGCGAGUUAUUAUUAAGGAUCGGCGAGCACGAUUUGGCGAAUGAAGAUGAGCCAUAUGGAUAUCAGGAAAGAAGAGUGCAAAUUGUGGCGAGCCAUCCACAAUUUGAUGCGCGUACUUUCGAGUAUGAUCUUGCUCUGUUGCGAUUCUAUGAGCCUCUUCUGCCAUUCCAACCAAACGUUUUGCCGAUCUGUCUGCCCGACGACGAUGAAACCUACGUUGGUCGUACCGCCUACGUUACCGGCUGGGGCAGACUUUACGACGAGGGACCAUUGCCAUCCGUGUUACAGGAGGUUGCAGUACCCGUUAUUAAUAAUACCGUAUGUGAAGCGAUGUACAAAAACGCGGGUUACAUCGAGCACAUUCCACACAUAUUUAUCUGCGCUGGUUGGAGGAACGGCGGAUUCGACUCCUGCGAGGGUGACAGCGGCGGUCCGAUGGUCAUCCAAAGAGCGCGAGACAAGCGAUGGAUCCUUGCUGGAAUCAUCAGCUGGGGAAUCGGUUGCGCCGCGCCUAAUCAACCUGGUGUUUACACGCGUAUCUCGGAAUUUCGCGACUGGAUCAAUCAGAUCCUGCAGUUCUGAACGUCUCGGAAAGAGCAUGAUCCGCGCUCGAAAUUCGCGCUUUUGCAUCGCGUCGACUUCUACGAACGUUUGUAACGAUCACCAAGCGGACGAAUGGCGCCAUCUGCUGGAGCUGUGAGCCAAGUACAAUUUAGUGGAAAAAUCUAAGGAUCUCAGCGCGGGGAUUCACAGAAAUUUGUGCGCGUGUUGCGAACUCGAACGAUAUGUGGAACCACUGAUUCAAUUUUCCUGUGUGAAGCCGUAAUGUAUGCAUGUACAUACACUCAAUUUCUCGGGAAAAUCCGACAUGUUACAACGAUACAAAGGGUAUUGAUUUGCGUAUCGGAGACACUGUGGAUACCAGUGAUAAGCACAUCAGACUUUGUGACAAGGAUCGAAAUUUUCGAUCAAUUUAGAUACCUUUAUCUAGAAUCGAUUUAAAAUAGUUA